AUCAUCAGCUACAAUUUGUAUACCAUUAGUAAUGGAAGUUCUGAGAACGAAGAUAGCUAUGAGGCUGAUUUUCAUAUAUAUAAUCUUAUUCUUCAAUUACUGCUUCUUGUUUUGUGCAGCUUCUUCUUCUGACGCCAUAACCAUUGGCAAACCCAUUAGCGAUAAUGGAGAGCUUCUCAUUUCUAAAGGAGGAAAAUUUGCUCUUGGCUUCUUCUCUCCAGGCAAAUCUACCUUUCGCUUUGUUGGAAUCUGGUACUAUAACUUGCCAAAGCAAACUUUUGUUUGGGUUGCCAAUAGAGAUAAACCCAUAAAUGACUCUUCUGGAGUUCUCUUCCUCAACCCAAACAAUGGAAAUCUCGUCCUCCGCCAGAACUCCACCAACUUGCCCAUUUGGUCCUCGAACGUUUCUGUCCCUGUUCCAAGUAAUACAGUUAUGGCUCAGCUCACUGAUUUAGGUAAUCUCGUUCUGAUUCAAAAUAAUGACUCCAAAAAUGCGUUGUGGCAAAGCUUUGAUCAUCUCACUGACACCCUUCUUCCAUAUGCCAAACUGGGUUUCAACAAAAGAACUGGUCAGAACUGGUUGUUGCAGUCAUGGAAGACACAAGAUGAUCCAGGAACAGGAAGUAUCUCGCUGAGGUUCAACACAUCUGGGAAAGAUCAAGUUUUUCUAUAUAAUAAAAAAGUUCCAUUGUGGCGAGGUGGGUUCUUCAAUGGCGAAAUACUUGUGGGUUUGCCAUCUAUGAGAAGAGAAAUGUCAUAUGCUUUCAACCUUACUAUCACAGACGAUGAUAAUUCUGCCGGAUUCACAUAUCACGCCGUCGAUCCCACCGCCAUCUUCCGGAUCUCAGUUGUUCCGACGGGAUACAUGCAAACACAUAAAUGGGAUCAUGAUAUAAAUGAUUGGAAGCUAUAUGGAUCAUACCCAGAAAUCAAUUGUGAAACCUAUGGAACUUGUGGAGCCAAUAGCAAGUGUGAUUCUUUCAACUAUGCUUACAACAAGUGUUUUUGCCUACCGGGGUUUGAACCUAGUAACCCUAAUGAGUGGUACAUGAACGAUGAAUCAGCUGGUUGUGUGAGGAAGAAAGGACCAUCUUUGUGUGGGAAUAAUGGAGAAGGCUUCAUUAAAGUAGACGGUGUGAAGAUUCCAGAUACUUCCAUAGCCAAUUUUCAGAAAGGUUUGAGAGUGGAGGAUUGUGAACAAGAGUGCUUGAGAAAUUGUUCUUGUAAUGGCUAUGCGGCUUCAGAUGUGAGAAAUGGAGGAAGUGGGUGCUUGACUUGGCAUGGAGAUUUGCUGGACACCAUGGUACUAAGUGAAGAAGGCCAUGAUUUAUAUGUUCGUGUUGAUGCUGUUGAACUUGCAAAUUAUGCCAAGAAAUCAAAAGGACCGCUUCCAAAGUCUGGGAUGGUGGGAAUUCCAGUAGCUACUUUCGCCGUGAUUGUUCUUCUAAUUGCCAUGUGUGCUUAUUGCUUUCGGAUAAGGAAAAUAAGAGGUGGUGAAAUAACUGAAGAACAAAUGAAAAUAGAUUCUCCAAUAGAAGAGCAGUACCAUGAUGAAAAUAGAGCACAACCAAGCUUACCAUGUUUCAGCAUUAAAACCAUAAUGGUUGCAACAAAUAAAUUGUCCAAUGAGAACCGAUUGGGGCGAGGUGGAUUUGGUUCUGUGUACAAGGGCUUAUUAUUUAAUGGACAAGAGAUAGCAGUGAAAAGAUUGUCUCAAAGUUCUAGACAAGGAACUCAAGAGUUCAAGAAUGAAAUUAAGGUGAUUGGAAGAUUACAACACAGGAAUCUUGUAAAGUUGCUUGGUUAUUGCAUUCAUAAGAAAGAAAGGAUGCUGAUAUAUGAAUACCUACCCAACAAAAGCUUGGACUUCUUUCUCUUUGAUAGGGAUAGAAGAUCAUCACUAGAUUGGGAUACACGUUUUCACAUCAUCAUUGGAAUUGCUCGAGGCAUCCUCUAUCUUCAUCAAGAUUCAAGGUUGAAAAUAAUCCAUAGAGAUCUUAAAGCUAGCAAUGUCCUUUUAGACCUCGCAAUGAAUCCCAAAAUUUCAGAUUUUGGAAUGGCUAGAAUAUUUGGAGAGGAUCAAAUCCAAGCAAAUACAAAACGAAUUGUUGGGACAUAGUAAGA